ACUAAGCAUUACGGUCAUGUGGUCUGAGCAGCGGCUGAGUUGUAAUUGGCUCUCGAAUGCCACGUGACGUGGCAACAGCGGAAGAAGCGGAAUCUGGCGCAGCAAAAAGGGGACCAUGCAGAGCACCACAAACUACCUGUGGCUCAUCUCCGACCUGCUGGGUCAGGGCGCCACAGCCAACGUGUACCGUGGCAGACACAAGAAAACGGGCGAUCUGUACGCUGUAAAAGUGUUCAACAACCUGAGCUUCCUGCGCCCGCUGGACGUGCAGAUGAGGGAGUUUGAGGUUCUGAAGAAACUCAACCACAAGAACAUUGUCAAACUGUUCGCAGUGGAGGAGGAGUCCAACACGCGGCACAAGGUUCUGGUGAUGGAGUACUGUCCCUGCGGGAGUCUCUACACCGUCCUGGAGGAGUCGUCCAAUGCCUACGGGCUUCCCGAGGACGAGUUCCUCAUCGUCUUGCACGACGUCGUGGCAGGAAUGAACCACCUGAGGGAGUACGGCAUCGUGCACCGUGACAUUAAGCCGGGAAACAUCAUGCGUGUCAUCGGCGAGGACGGACGCUCCGUCUACAAGCUGACCGACUUUGGGGCGGCGCGGGAGCUGGAGGACGAUGAGCAGUUUGUGUCCCUGUACGGCACAGAGGAGUACCUGCAUCCCGACAUGUACGAGCGAGCCGUGCUGAGGAAGGACCACCAGAAGAAGUACGGCGCCACCGUGGACCUGUGGAGCAUCGGCGUCACCUUCUACCACGCCGCCACCGGCAGCCUGCCCUUCCGACCAUUCGAGGGCCCGCGCAGGAACCAGGAAGUCAUGUACAAGAUCAUCACGGAGAAGCCGUCGGGGACCAUUUCUGGACACCAGAAGUGCGAGAACGGGAAGAUCGAGUGGAGCACCGAGAUGCCCGUGUCCUGCAGCCUGUCCAAGGGCCUUCAGAGCCUGCUGACGCCCGUCCUGGCCAACAUCCUGGAAGCGGACCAGGAGAAGUGUUGGGGCUUCGACCAGUUCUUUGCCGAGACCAACGACAUCCUGCACCGCACUGUGGUCUUCGUCUUCAGCCUGCAGCAGGCCACGCUGCACCACGUCUACAUCCACGAAUACAACACGGCGGCGCUGUUCCAGGAGCUGCUGUCCCGCAGGACCAGCAUUCCGCUGCACAACCAGGAGCUCCUCUACGAGGGCCGCCGCCUCGUCUUGGACCCCAACCGCCAGGCCAAGACCUUCCCCAAGACCACCAGGGACAACCCAAUGAUGCUCGUCAGUCGAGAGUCCGUGGCCACCGUGGGACUCAUCUUUGAGGACCCGAGUCCUCCCAAAGUCCAGCCUCGCUACGACCUGGACCUGGACGCCAGCUACGCCAAGACCUUCGCAGGUGACGUGGGACACUUGUGGAAGACAUCCGAGUCUCUGCUGGUCUACCAAGAACUGGUCCGCAAAGGGGUCCGUGGUCUCAUAGAGCUGAUGAAGGAGGACUACAACGAGAUCCUCCACAAGAAGUCUGAGGUCUUCCGCCUGUCCAACCUUUGCACGCAGAACCUGGAGAAGACCGAGCAGCUGUUGGAGGUCCUCAUGCAAGCCAACGUGCUGACGUCUGAGUACGACGAGAUUGCCGACAUGCACAAGAAAGUUGUCAGAAUCUCCAGCUCUUUGGAGCCCAUCGAUCGGAGCACGCAGGACGUGAAGGCCAAGUUCCUGCCAGGAGGUCCACUGACUGAUGGAUGGACUCAACAAGUGGGCACGCACCCCCAAGACAGGAACGUGGAGAAGAUCAAAGUUCUGCUGGACGCCAUCACGGCCAUCUACCAACAGUUUAAGAAGGACAAAGCUGAGAGACGUCUUCCGUACAACGAGGAGCAGAUUCACAAAUUUGACAAACAGAAGUUGGUCCUUCACGCCAGCAAAGCGCGCUCGUUGUUCACGGAGGAGUGUGCCAUGAAGUACCGCCUCUUCAUCUCCAAGAGCGAGGAGUGGAUGAGGAAGGUUCACCACGUGAGGAAGCAGCUGCUCGGCCUGACGACUCAGCUGGUCGGCACGGAGAAGGAAGUGAGCGCGCUGAUGGAGCAAGCCGCCAAGCUGCAGGAGGCGCUUCCUCCCAAGGUUCUUCCUCUGCUGACUGCUGGCAACAAGCCUCAAGCCUACCUCAGCCAGAACACCCUGGUAGAGAUGACGCUCGGGAUGAAGAAGCUAAAGGAGGAGAUGGAGGGCGUGGUCAAAGAGCUGGCAGAGAACAACCACUUCCUGGAAAGAUUCGGAACGCUGACGUUGGACGGAGGCCUGCGAGGUUGAAAGAUGCCAAGGAGACGUUUUGUAAAUAAAUAAGAUCUGGUUGCCCAUGACGACCGAGCUCUGCCGCUGUUGCCAUGGCAACCUGAUACGACAGCAUCUUCUUCCAAGAUGGCGGCGCACGAACGUUCCUUUUAUGGAGACUGCAGUGCUUUAUUCUGAAGGGUUGCUGG